AAUUUACUAAAAUUGACAUUGUCAUUUUGUCGGGAUUUCGGGAUGUUCUCCCGGGAAAAUAUUUUAUAAUUUUAUUAGUAAGAUAAACUGUAACCAUAGCAGUUAAACCUAUCAAAAUCAAGAAUAAGCAAUAAAUUAUUUUUUACCAAACAAUAUUUUCCUUGAACGAUUAAAACCAUGGAGGAAAAUAAGAAAACCAAUCAGACUUUAAGUGUUGAAGAACUUAAAGUUAAGGGCAAUGAAUGUGUAAAGGAUGGAAAGUAUAUCGAGGCUGUUCUGCAUUAUACACAGGCUAUAAAAAUGGAUCCUAAUAACUAUCUCUUAUACAGCAACAGAUCAUUUGCUUUUCUGAAGUUAGAUCAACAUUAUCUCUCACUACAAGAUGCUAAUGAAACCGUUAGAUUGCAGCCACAGUGGGCGAAGGGCUACUUUCGUCGUGCUGAGGUCGAAGCAGCGAGCGAACUUUACGACGAAGCAAUAAUAUCAUACACAAGAGCAUUACAAUUAGAUCCUCAAAAUGUUAAGCUAAUGGAAUCCAUCAAAAACAUUUCUGAUAUGCAAAAAAAGAAAAUUAAAGAUAGUCAAAACAUAAUAUGGAUAUGUACUUGUGUGGGUUUAAUCUUUGGAAUUGGUAUUGUUGUUUUGGAUUACAGUUUAACUGCAAAUCCAACAUUAUCGCAUCCCUUUAGCAUGGUAGCAUUUGCGCUUGCCCUUGCAGGUAUGGGUUGGGCAAUAGGAAAGAGUGUCAACUUAAUGAGUUCUAUGAGUGCUGGGAAAUCCUUACAACCUCCGGAGGACUUAGCGUCAAAGUGGCAGGCAACGCCAUCUAGUGGUGCUUUACAGCAGGACCUUUUAUAG